AUGAAUGAGAGCCAUACCAGUGUCUUUAUCUGUGCAACAGGACUGCCAUUCAACGCUGCUGCCCGUGGACUUUGCGAUAACUGCUCCAGUUUGGCCCAUUUCGACACGGCGAAAAAAGAGUAUCUGCUCAAGUGCGGUGUUUUGAGUCGUCAAGUUCUUGACUACUACCGAUCCGCAUGGGCACCGAUGGCAGAUAUUUCCAUCCUGAACGGAUUCUGGAAUGAAUGCAAAUUGUCCCAUCCCGAGUGCCAAUCUGAAGCACAGGAAUACAUGUCUUCAUUAUAUAGAGAUCCAGCCUUACGAUUUAGAGUCAUUGAUGUCGUGACAGACCGUGUUAUAUUGGCACCGUUAAACUGCAGAUAUGUGGCUCUCUCUUACGUCUGGGGCAGUGGCAGUAGCCGUUCAAGAGGUCUCCAUCGAGCAGACUUUGUAGAAUUGUCUACUGAUGGGGCUUUGUCAUCGGAUACAUAUGUCCAGCUUGACUGCAGUUCACUGGAACCAACAAUUUCCGAUGCUAUGCAAUUUGUGAAACUAAUGGGCCUGCGCUAUCUUUGGAUUGACCAGCUCUGCAUAGUGCAGGAUGAUCCAGAAGAGCUAUUGUACACUAUGAAAGCCAUGAACAAGAUAUACGGUGCAUCAGCAUUCACCAUUAUUGCAUCAGGCAAAGACGCUACUUCGGGCCUACCAGGCGUGAACAAAAGUUCACGGCAGAUGAAUCCGCUCAUAGGAUCUGUAGACAACAUCACCCUCUUUCAUGCUCUACCCGAUCCAGCUACGGAAUGGCGUCAUCCUCUCGAUACAAGCACAUGGAACACCCGAGGAUGGACGUAUCAAGAACUCUAUUUCUCCCAGCGACAGUUCAUCUUCGCUGCAGAUCGAAUCUAUUACAACUGUCGGAAACUGAUGAAAAUGGAGACUAGUCCUGGAAAUGUCUUACCUCCGAUAAAACACUCUUCGCAAUCACUCAGAGACUCCGAGUCUGAUCCAUUUAACCAAUAUGUCACGCAGAUUAGGGAAUACAGCGGGAGGUCAUUGACGUAUCCCGAUGAUAUCCUGAAUGCAUUUAGCGGCGUUAUGUCAGAUAUGAGCGAAAGGCAUGGCAUCAAACCAUAUCAUGGUAUUCCAUUAAGUCCAGGAGGACGAGGUCUCGAAUGGAUGUCUGAAAGAAGACUACAACGCCGUUCAACAUUUCCCAGCUGGUCCUGGGCAGGCUGGAUCGGUCCUGUGUAUUAUUCGACUAACUUUCAAUCCACCUUAGAUGGAGAUGACUUUUACUAUCACAUCCGACCCGUGGAUGAGAAUUGGGGUGCAGCCUCAAGCGACGGCAUACUGGAAUUCCAAGCUCCUCAUAAUCACAUCAACUUACAGGAUCUUGAAAGUUGCAACGACUCGAAUAUUGUAUUAACUAAUGGUCUUCUCUACGCACUCAAUAUGGAUGGCGAGUCAGAGUGGACAACUGGGUCUCAAGAGUGUCUGCUUGUGACAACCUACCCGGAGGCACGAACAGGUGGAUUGAUUAUUGUUAGAAAGAGUUCUGGCAGUAUUUACUAUCGUAUAGGCUGUGUUCAAGAAGAAUAG